CCUUCGGCUCCCCCCAGAAUAGUAGCAACACUACCCUACGGCUCCUGCACUCUAUACGCUCUCCUAUACACGCUCAUACUCACCCACCGACAAAAUGGACGAUAUUCUGCUCUAGAUGCUCUUGAAUUUCAGAUCCAGAACGAACGACCACCCCGAUUUAUACUAUAGCCAUCAUGUCCACUAUGACGACUCUCGAAAGGAGUCACUCCUGUACCUCCAGCACUUCGCUCUCCAUGUCCAGCCCGCGCCUCUCCGUUCUACACGACACCACCCCACCGGGUUCAGAACUCUCGCUUAUCCAUCUGCAUGACCGAAUGAACCAACUCGACUCACGUGUCUUGGAAUUACGCUCCACCGUUUUGACGAAAGAGGGCUAUGUCGACCGCCGGAACCGUGAAGAUGAACAUAUUCGCCGUGAAUUCGAAUGCCACCGCGCCAUUUCCCAACGGAUCGAUCUCAAUGUCGUGGCUUUGCGCACGGAUGUCGAUCAGAUCAAGACGAGCAUCUUUCAGCUCAAGUCGAGUCUCGGUCAGUCCGGUACGGAGACGGUCUACUUACGCGGCGACGUGGAUCGUUUGCAAAAGACCGUUGACCAGCUGCAAGUCGACAUUGAAUCGAUCAAGGGUGAGGCUUGUGCCACGCGGAUUGAUAUCAGCAAAUUGCAGACGGCCUCUAAUCAGCUCCGCACGGAUCUGAUGACUCUGGACCACAAGAUCUCCCGUCAAUAUCAUGCUUUGAACUCGCGCAUGGAUUCAAUUGAAUCACAGAUGAAGUAUGCCGAUCGUGUCCGGUUCAACUCUCUGGCUCAUACGGUUCACGCUCCCAUCAGCCCCGUCCCGGUGAUUACGGACGAGGGGGCUCUCGAAUGGCCCCAGUAUUUCCCACGUACCGUGUGGAGAUUCUGGUGCCUCAAGAAACGAAGCCGAGUCCAUCGCUUGAUUGAACUGGCAGAAUUCUACCAACUGGGUGAUUACCAGGAUUGGUGCCGCAUGCAUCCUACCGAUAUGUUUGCCGAUGACAGUGAUUCCAGCAGCUCCAGUGACGGCUCCUGUAGCAUCACUCGCGCGGAAGCUGUCCGUCGGUAUCCCGAGGCUGCACACCAGGCUCUGGCUGCUACCCUGGGUCUGAUAUACUAUAAGAUUCGUAACGAGGUCGGCGAAGGACCGCAUGGUCCCAUCACCGCACGUCCUCCAAAGCGUCAGCAGGAGGAUGUGGCUUCUACAAGCACCAGCAACAAAUCUAAGCCCGUCAAGAUUCCCCGACGUCCCAGUGUCUCCGACACUUUCUUACACCGCCUGGUCACCGGCGGUCCCUCCGUUGAGUCGAAGUCUUCAACCUCUGAAGAGUUCGACAAGUUGGGGUGGAACCCCUUCGCCGACGUCUCGGACGAUGCCAUGAGCAAACUCCGGGCGAUCGACCCCCAAGACAUUGGCACCGUGUUGCGUGCCCUUGAGCAGGGUCGUCUGAAGCUUAAGCCUAGUCGAUCCGAGAAGCUCAACAUGUCCCCCACGGAUUCAAAGGCUAGCCAUCCAUUCGGUGGAAAGACUUCUGAGCCCGUCGCUCAGGAAGAUGUGGUGCCUACCGUGCCCAACACGGUGCCCACACAGCCUAUCCAUUCACUGGAGAGCACCAAGUCUGCUUCCGUUCCGGAUUUACCGGAGUCUGCGUCUGACGCAGAUAGUUCAACCUCUUGAAUACCAGAAGAGUGCAGGUGGUGAACACCAGUACUCUUCAGGUAUAUACUUUUGUGUACCGCUGCCGUCGGUUCUCACGCAACAAAUUCUCAGGUUUGGGUUUAUGCACAUAAGCAUUGCAUUAAGCAUUGGAGUUUUAUAUUAUACUUGAUGGGAUUUUGUGGGAUCUUGGGAUUAUAUAUUGCAUCUUGCAGCGAUUUGGUGGAAGCAUUUUUUUGGAGUUUUACUUUUGGAGUUUAUGUUUUUGAUAUUGAUCUUCUCGGGUCAAUCUUCAUGUGUGAUUUAGUUCAAUACCCCCUGGGCUGUCUUUA